AUGUCAGCGGAACAAGCCAUCCAAAUCCUCAGCAUAUCCACCGCCCUCAUCGCCUCAGGCGGUAUAUCCGCCUUCUCCCUCUUCUCCAUCCCCAUGCUAAAAUCCCAACCCGCAUCGCGCUCCCUCCCCAUGGUCCGCUGGCUCUUCUCACGCGGCUCCCACAUCUUCCCCACCGCCGGCAUCCUCUCCAGCACCAGCUUCCUCCUCCUAACCUACCUCUCCCUGCCUUCCUCCUCAACCUCCUCCCUGCAAACCCUCUUCAGCGCCGCAACCCACGGCCGACCAGCCUAUUUCCUCGCCGCAUCAGCACUCUGUAUUAGCAUUGCGCCAAUCACGAGUUUACUGAUGAUACCAACGAAUUUCACGUUAAUCAAGAUGAAUGAGGAACUAGGGGGAACGCGGAGUGAGAAGUCGGCGGAGUGGAGGAGGGAGAGAGGGGUAGAGGCGAGGAGUGCGGAUGAGUCGGUGGAGGGGGAGGAGGAUGUUAGUCAGUGGAAGGAUUUGAGUCCGCCGCAGGAGAAGACGGGGAGGGAGAGUAGUCAGAAGGAAGAUGAGGAGGUGAGGGCGCUGCUGGAGAAGUUUACGAGGUUGAAUGCGUUGAGGGCUGUGGCGAUUGGGGCGGGGGGUGUGGUUGGGUUAAUGGGGGUUACGGCGUAG